AUGGAUGGUCCUAAGUUCGCCAAAUUCAUAAGAGAAGAAUUUAAACAAGCAUUUGCUGCGAGUUCCAACCCAAUCGACAAAGUUUUUCUAAUGGAUGGUUGUCCUCGCCAAAAUGCUGCAAUUGCAUUCAAUACGUGGACAGGAAUAGGCACAGAACUUUUCACCAUUUCGGCACGCAGCCCAGAACUAAUCCAAUUGAAAACUUUUCCAUCUCGUAUGCAAAGAGCUAAAGAAAGAGGUCAUAACCAGACAAAUCGCAAAAGAAAAUUUUGCUGA